CAAUGAAACAUUGUGAAAAUAGAGAAAUUCUUCCAACCAAAUCAUGAAAACAAUUCUAAUCAGCAUUAUGUGAAGCUGAAAGUAUAUUUUUUGGGCAGUAUUUCAGUUAAUUACAGCAAUAAAAUGUCAUUUUUCAGAGCUUUGAGUAGGAAUCUGCCCUACAUAACACAACAAUUUGGAGCUUUACUUGGCAACACCAGUGCAUCUGUUAAAACAAUAUGUGGAAUAGUUUUGUUAAGUUACUGCUUAUCAUUUUCAGAUGAUGCAGUUCGAGUAAUUUCAGUAACACCUGGACUCUUAAUGCCACCGGGUUUCUGGCUGUGGACUGCUUUCACCUUUUGUUUUUUAGAAAUAUAUUUUUGGGAAGUUUUAGUUGAUAUAGUGACAGUGGGGCUGUGCGGUAAACUUAUAGAACCGUUAUGGGGACAGAUGGAAAUGCUUUCUUUCUUUGCCAUAGUCAAUUUUGGUGUGGCAGUUAUAACAACGAUAUUUUAUAUGGUCCUUUUUGCUUUUACAAGCAAUGAUGAGUUGCUUUUCGAAGUACACAUUCAUGGACUGGCCGGAUAUAUUGCCGGUGUAUCUGUGGCUGUAAAACAAAUUAUGCCUGAUCUUGUUAUUGUCAAAACACCUUUAGGAAAGCUCAGUAACAAAAAUAUUCCGCUGACUGUAUUUUUAAUUUCCUUAAUUUGUUGGUUGAUUGGUUUCUUAGAUGGAACUUAUCCAGUCAUGUUUUUGAGUGGAUUGAUUGUAAGUUGGGUAUACCUCAGAUUUUAUCAAAAACACAGUAAUGGGAGUCGUGGUGAUAUGGCAGAUUGUUUCACGUUUGCAAGCUUUUUGCCAAAUGUUAUUCAACCUCCAGUGGUGGUGAUUAGUAAUAGUAUUCACAGCAUUCUUGUGAAACUUGGAGUAUGUCGAAAAGUUGUUAGAAGAUUUGAUAUUGCAAAUCCAACUGGAGUUAUGAUAGUACCUGGCAAUGAUCAACAUGAUGCGGAAAGAAGAAGGCAAAUCGCAUUGAAGGCUCUGAGUGAACGCCUAUCAAAACACCAACAAGACAAGCAGCCACUUCUACCAAAGACCACAAGAGAUCUUAAGCCCAAUGCACUUUCUAAAUCUCCAAGCCAGCCCCCAGCUUCAUCACAUCACUCUGCAUCAACAUCGCCUCGAUCAACCCAACAAACAGAACAGAAUACUGAAGAGGUUUCAAUCAAUGUUGGAGCAUCAACUUCAUUCACCCCUACGACUUCUACAACUUUGUAAAUAUUCGUGAUUACAAAAUAAAAAACCAGAAGAAUUGAUAUUUGUAAAUUAUUACGGAUCACUGAUUUAUGUAUAGAAGCAAUGAGCAUUAUUUAUAUUAUAUUUUGUAAUAUAUCAUAGGUAACAAUUUUAUUAAAACUGAUGUUAAUUUGUA